GCAUCAGUGUCUUUCUGGCGGGAUUUCUCACUCAUCAACUAUGGAGAUGGAACACGAAAAGAUGAGCGUGAGCAAGGAGUUGAGUCCGGACUCGGCCUUCUGCUGCGCGGCGUGCCAUGGGGGUGAGACCUGGAGCCCCAGCCACCCACUCCGGGGCCGGGCCAAGUCUCGGAGCCUGUCUGCCUCGCCCGCCCCGGGCAGCACCAAGGAGUUCAGGCGGACGCGCUCUCUGCACGGGCCCAGCCCGGUGACCACGUUUGGACCAAAGGCCUGUGUGCUGCAGAACCCUCAAACCAUCAUGCAUAUCCAGGACCCUGGGAGCCAGCGGUUGACGUGGAACAAGUCCCCCAAGAGCGUGCUUGUCAUCAAGAAGAUUCGGGACGCCAGCUUGCUGCAGCCCUUUAAGGAGCUCUGCGUGUACCUCAUGGAGGAGAACAACAUGAUCGUGUAUGUGGAGAAGAAAGUGCUGGAAGAUCCCGCCAUCGCGAGUGAUGAGAACUUUGGACCAGUGAAGAAGAAGUUCUGCACUUUCCGAGAAGAUUAUGACGACAUUUCCAACCAGAUAGACCUCAUCAUCUGCCUGGGGGGCGACGGGACCCUGCUCUACGCCUCCUCACUCUUCCAGGGCAGUGUGCCUCCAGUGAUGGCUUUCCACCUGGGCUCGCUCGGCUUCCUCACCCCAUUCAACUUCGAGAACUUCCAGUCCCAAGUCACUCAGGUGAUAGAGGGGAACGCGGCUGUUGUUCUUCGGAGCCGGCUCAAGGUGAGAGUGGUCAAGGAGCUCCCAGGCAAGAAGGCGGCCUUGCACAACGGGCUCAGCGAGAACGGGCUGCCUGGCACGGGCGCGGAGGCCGGGAAGCAGGCCAUGCAGUUCCAGGUCUUGAAUGAGGUGGUCAUCGACAGAGGCCCUUCCUCGUACCUGUCCAACGUGGACGUCUACCUGGAUGGGCACCUCAUCACCACGGUGCAGGGUGAUGGUGUGAUCGUGUCCACCCCAACGGGCAGCACAGCGUACGCAGCGGCAGCCGGGGCCUCCAUGGUUCACCCCAACGUGCCCGCCAUCAUGGUCACACCCAUCUGUCCCCACUCACUGUCAUUCCGACCCAUCGUGGUCCCUGCAGGGGUGGAGCUGAAGAUUAUGCUGUCACCGGAAGCCAGGAACACGGCCUGGGUGUCCUUUGACGGCCGGAAGAGGCAGGAGAUUCACCACGGAGACAGCAUUAGCAUCACCACCUCCUGCUACCCACUCCCCUCCAUCUGUGUCCGCGACCCGGUGAGCGACUGGUUCGAGAGCCUCGCACAGUGUCUGCACUGGAACGUGCGGAAGAAGCAGGCGCACUUCACCGAGGAAGAGGACGGGGACGGGGGCGUGCGUGAGGACGGCUAGGCCGCCUGGACCAGCCGCGGUCUGCCCCCGCCUCCAGGGAAGAGCCUGGGC